AUGCUCGGUCAGAUGCUGGAUCUGCGGGGAGAAAUGGGGCAUGCGGCAUGGACAAGGGGGGCAUUCGUGAGGAGCAUCGCGACACGAAGCUCAUCACCUCACCCUCGCUCGCUGCGCGCGACAUUCAGUGAAGCGACCUCAGGCGACCACGAGUUGGAGCUUGCCGAGGAUCCGGGAUACAGCCUGGUUGACGAUGUUGGCAUCCUGAGCGGCUCCCCUGAAGUGGUCGGUGAAGCAGCACUGCUUCAUGUCUAUGUCCGAUGCCAAGGCGCAGCUGUGACACCUGAAGAAAGGUUCACAGGUGGUCAGCAUGCAAUGACCCUUCUCGCAGUUGCUGUGCGAGCGGGAGCGCGAGGUGACUUGCAAGGUCCUUCUGCGCCCGGGAUCGCUGCCGAGAGCUGGAGGAGUGGCGGCGCAGAGCCGGGAAAGAAGCUCGAAGAGGUUGAAGCGGAGCUGUCCUGUGACUGGAUGCCCAGACAUCCUGCAGAGACGGUCAACUUCUUGGUCGAUUGCAGGUGUUACGGGCCUAUGGAGUUCGAUUUGCGGAGGCACGCACAUCAAGCACUUACUGUACUGCUGUAG